AUGGAUCCUGCAUGGCAGGCAACUAUGACACAAGAACUAUAUGCCCUACAUGAUAAUGAUACUUGGGAUCUCAUGCCUCUACCCCUUGGAAAGAAAGCUAUUGGGUGUAGAUGGGUAUAUAAGAUUAAACACAGAGUUGAUGGUAGCAUAGAAAGGUACAAGGCUAGGUUGGUUGUUAAGGGUUAUACUCACCAUUAUGGAGUUGACUACACAGAGACGUUUUCACCUGUUAUUAAGAUGACUACUGUGAGAGCUCUAAUUGCCACUGCUAUAAAGAAACACUGGAACAUUUAUCAAUUGGAUGUAAAUAAUGCCUUUCUCCAUGGGGAGUUAGAUGAAGAGGUCUACAUGGAUAUUCCACCAGGCUUGGAUAUUCAGACUAAAGGACUAGUUUGUAAGCUCAAUAAGUCAUUAUAUGGUCUAAAGCAGGCUAGUAGGCAAUGGAAAAAUGGCUCAUCUACUGUCUUCAUAGCUGUAUAUGUGGAUGAUAUCCUAUUGACAGGUACUGAUCUUGAAGAAAUUGAUAUUCUCAAAGGCUUUCUCCAAAAUCAAUUUAGAAUUAAAGAUUUGGGGAAACUGCAUUAUUUCUUGGGGUUGGAGAUCCUUUACACUGAAGCUGGUUUGCUUAUUUCACAAAGAAAAUGUGUGCUUGAUCUUCUCAAGGAGUACCAUUGUUCUGAACUCUCCAGCCUCACCUCACCACUAGAUGUGACAGUUAAGCUCAAGACAAAUGAGGGGAAGCCCAUUUCUGAUCCCAGUGCAUACAGAAAAUUAGUUGGGAAACUUAAUUUCUUAACUAAUACCAGACUAGAUAUUGCUUAUGGAGUUCAACACCUUAGUCAGUUCAUGCAAGACCCCAGAGAACCACAUAUGAAAGCAGCAUACCAUAUGCUAAGGUAUCUCAAGAAGGAUCCCACCUUAGGAUUGCUUAUGACAUCUACUGAUGAUUACAAUGUACAGGCUUUUUGUGAUUCAGAUUGGGGUGCUUGUCCUGAUUCCAGAAAGUCCAUCACAGGGUAUAUUGUGCUACUUGGUUCUAGUCCUAUAAGCUGGAAAUCUAAGAAACAGGAAACUAUAUCUCUUUCCUCAGCUGAGGCUGAAUAUAGAUCCCUUCGAAAGGUGGUUGGAGAAUUGGUUUGUCAGUCAGCUCUACAGAUUGCCAGAAAUCCUGUGUUUCACGAAAGGACCAAACACAUUGAGAUCGAUUGUCAUUUUGUGCGAACUAAGUUACAAGAAGGUCUUAUAUCACUACAUCACAUUGGAACUCAUGACCAACUGGCUGACAUCCUUACUAAGGCUCUUACAGGAGUCAAACACUCAGUAGUUUUGUACAAGUUGGUUGUGUUGGUCUCACCUCCAACUUGA